GCGAGUGAUUCUAGAAUAGAUAGUAAUAUAUGUUCUGUGAAUACUUUGGAAUAAAGUAUUUUUUGGGUCUUAACUGCAAGAAUAAACAAACUUCUUUUUUUAAUUUUCUUUUUUUUUUGUUUCCUAGUUAAACUUUUACCGCCCCCUGUGUUUUGAAAAUGAGUCUACUUCCAUAGCAACCUGCAGUGUGUCUGUAAUUACACAGAGGUUUGUGGCUGCCCGAAUGUUCAAAUGUGACGUUCCCACUAGACUUUCUGGGUUGCCAGUUUAUAAAAACCUGUACAGGUGUUUGUAUUUUUAAUGUGAACAAUGUGUGGAGUAAUUUCAACAGAGUUUCCUCAUCUUACUGCUGGCAAUUUUGAGAACUCUCUGGCCUCUGAUGAUGUAUUGGCUCACUUCUUCAAUGACUUCUUAAGUCUGCCGUCUUUCCCAGAGGCUUUGCUGUACAAUCAGGAGUCCGGACAGUUUGAAGUAGUGAAUGGAGAAGCUGAGUUUGUCUCCAGAAGAAUCCGAUCAGUCCUACAUUGCAGCAAAUCACAACUUCUUACUGGUGAUCCCACAGCCCUGGCCAAAACCCCUCCAGUAGACAACCAUUAUACUAUCUGUUGCCUGGACAGAGAGCAAGGAAUUCAGUGGAUCAUCGAAGAAAGGUUGCCCUUUUUCCUUCAAAGUGAUUGCUACAAUGAAUACAGGUAGUACAAGCUGUUUUUGUAAAAAAAACAAAUGUAGU